CCCAGGAUCCAGUCGACUGAUUCCGUCGCCAUUGUUAGCUGAUAAUGGAGAUCUCCCUGCCCUAGAUUAUCAGAUUAAUCUUCCUCACUCCUCAGUUCCUUUUGUGAAACGGACACUAUCUCGGUGCCUCCGCUGCUUAAAUUUACUUCUUUUUUUCUUCCUUAUCUCGCGCGAAUCUGUUCCCAUCUGUGCUGUGCAAAAUGGGAUGGCUUUUUAGUCUCUCUUUUCACCGGAGCUAUUGAUCCGUACGGCAUCUUAAAUUUAGCUGAUGAAUCGACGAGGAAAGCCGAGGAAGAGGCGUUGGGGAAUAACUUGGGAUAUGGUUGGUCCUUCGCUUGUAUAGUAAUUUACUUGGAAUGAUUUUGUGUGACUAGAUCCUUAUGCGAUUAGAUCCAGUCUCCAUGAUUUGAUUAUCAUAGCCAGGGUACCAUAAUAUGCUCCAUAGCCACAUGAUUUUGAUUCUUUGACGGUUGUGCGUAAUAGCAGUAUGAUGAAGCAGAUGUUAAUUCUCUGACGGUUGUGCGGCAGCAGCCAGCAGCAAUCUUAUUGCGUGUUUGGCAAAACAAACAUCAGUUUGGGGAGUCAGAUGCGAGUUACUUGAACACAUAUACAGAUACUGAUCCCAUGAACAGAUUAGUGGGAUUCAGAUUACACAGAUGCUUCUGUAGAGUCUGAUUUUGAGGGAGCAGUUGACAUCAAUCGCAAUAUGCAGCAACCUCGUCAUGCUGACCAAAGUGUAUUGAUUUAGCAGAGAAGAUAGAUCCAUGUAGAUGUUCUCCUAAUCGAGUCUAAUCACCCAGUUUUGCCACCUCUUUGUAAGUUCAUCAAUGAAUGUACUGAUGCUUAUUGCUGAACUCUGUAUAUGGGCUGUUACUUUACCUUCUGAAGUUCUGCUUGCCUGUGCCUUCUAAACAUAUGUUCCAUCUGAUGACUCCGCCUGUCUCCAGUUUGCCCACUUUCAGGAAAUUAGCCAUCUUGAGGUAACUAUUUUUUUUGCAUUAUUUCUUUCUCUCCCCUUUUUAAAAGCUGUUUGACUAAAAUGAGAGAUGAUCACUUAAUAUAAACCACCAUGUAGAUGGCAAGAUCUGAAAGUGACAUAAUAAACAAUCACAGUAUGAAGAAAACAAGCAAAAUCAUUGAUAUACUCAGAAGUCAGAAGUCUACAGCGAAUCAAAAGCUACUAGGGUACACAUUAUAGUAGUUGGACAUAAUCUAGUUCUAGUAGUCACUUGUCUUGUAUAUUUGACUAGUCUCCUCCUCUCGGCCUCUCCCCCAUUGUCUCAUGGAGAAACUUCAUUUGGCAGUUCUGGUUCUUCCCGUCCUUCUUGGGUUAGCUCUGUUAUACAUUUGUGACAUCGUAUGGCUAAGGCCAGAGAGGAUAAGAAGGAGAUGGAGGAAGCAGGGUGUAAGGGGUCCCAGACCUACUUUGCUUUAUGGAAACACCCAGGAGAUGAAGAAGAUCCGACAAGAUCUCGCGCCUGCGCAGAAACAAGACACCAAUAACUACGUAUACACCCUCUUCCCUCACUUGCUUGUCUGGACAAAAACAUAUGGGUCGGUGUUCCUCUAUUCAAUAGGAGCUGUGGAUAUUCUGUAUAUUUCUGACCCUGCCAUGGUCAAGGACAUGAGCCACUGCACAUCAUCACAGCUCGGGAAGCCUAUUUAUCUACAGAAAUCUCGCAAACCGCUCUUUGGCGAAGGUAUCUUGAUAUCGAAUGGCGAUAUAUGGGCCUAUGAGAGGAAGAUCAUUGCACCGGAGCUCUUCAUGGAGAAGAUUAAGGUCAUGAUAGGACUAAUCGUGGAGGCUUCUGUCCCAUUGUUGGAAGCAUGGGAAAGCAUGCUUGACAACUCAGGAGGGAUUAGAGAGAUAGAUGUUGAUGGAUAUAUGCGGAACUUCUCCGCAGAUGUAAUCGCGAGGGCGUGUUUCGGGAGUGAUUUCGCAACAGGCGAAGAAAUAUUCUCCAAGCUAAGGCAGCUUCAGAAGGCGAUUUCUCAGCAAGAUUCACUUGUUGGACUAUCUGCACUGUGGAAGUACUUACCAACCAAAAGCAAUAAAGAAAUGCGAGAGCUGGAGCAAGAAGUCCGGUUACUCAUCCUGGAUGUUGCCAGACGCGAGGGCAGCAGCAGCAGUAACAGCAACAUCUACAUGCACACUACCCACAAUGACCUUCUGCGCUCGAUUGUCGAUGGCGCUCAGCAGUGCCCCAGCUACCCUGGCACUGCCGAGGACUUCAUCGUCGACAACUGCAAGAAUAUGUACUUCGGUGGUCAUGAGACCACUGCGAUCACUGCUACCUGGUGCCUAAUGUUACUUGCCACACACCCAGAGUGGCAGGACCGUGCCCGUGCCGAGGCUCUAGAUGUGUGUUGUGGAGACACAGCAAUCGAUUUUGACGUCCUUCGGCGACUGAAGACAAUCACCAUGGUGAUCCAGGAGACGGUCCGACUGUUCCCUCCAGCGUCACUUAUGGUGCGUGAAGCCCUGACAGACGUCAAGCUCGGAGGCCUCGACGUCCCACAGGGAACAAUCAUCCAGGCUGGCAUUGCGGUGGUGCACCUUGACAGGGACAUUUGGGGCCAGGACGCCGGUGAGUUCCGGCCAGACCGGUUCAUGAACGGUGCCGCCGCAGCGUGCAAGCCGGCACACAUGUAUAUGCCGUUUGGGCAUGGGCCAAGAUCCUGUCCAGGCCAGCACCUGGCGGUGGUGGAGCUCAAGGUGUUGCUCGUGCGCCUGCUGAGCAAGUACAGCUUCUCGCCGUCACCAGGGUACCGGCACGCGCCGCUGUUCAGGCUGACCAUUGAGCCCGGGUUCGGCAUGCCGCUCGUGGUCACAAGGCUUCCAUGAUCUCUGGCUGUUAGCAGGAACGUACCGAUGCUUGUGAUCAGCAAGGCGGUGGUUGUGUGCAUCUUAGAAAACAGAGGCCGUGAGUGAGCUCAUGUGGCUGUGUCAACUCAACUCGACGUUGAAAUCAAUGAAGCUUCCGUUUUCAUGUAAAAUGUCUGUGUCGAUACAUUCCGCUGCUAAAGAUUCGACAAGUUCAGACAGGUUUGGCAAAAUAAAGUACAGCUAUUGGUGUU